AUGCUCUUCCUGACUCGCUCUGACCCAGAGCUGCUGCGAAGCCUUUGCCAUAAGUGGGCAAUCCGCUUUUCCAAGGACAGGGCCACCCUGGUGGCUCGGUUACGGCGACGCGUGCGAAAUUCGCUGGGCCUUCCUCCUGCUUCUGUUAGCUCUGCGGAUAGCCCAACCAACCUCCACCCGGGUCCCAAAUUGUGCGACCCAGAUGAAUGUGUGGAACACUUUCUCCGGCUUGUUAAUACGCUUGUGCCAAUGUACUUUUCUUGGAACUGGCAUCGCACUGAGGAUGUGAUUAACAUCAACAAGGAGUAUGAGCUUUACGUUAGGCAUAAUAUACUACCCAUGUGCAUGGCAACGGAUCCUGAGGAGGCGUCGGAUGGGGAGGAAAGCUUCUCUCUGUUUCCACCUCACCCCUCUUCUUGUGCUAGUGAAAAAUUUUUUGACCCUGUAGCUCUAGUCCCAUGUAGGCAACCAGGCGAUGAAACGAAACACGGCCCUUUGGAUUCCCCCCUGCCCAGCUUUGCAUCAAUUGGAAACCUUUUGGGGCGUAUUAAAAGUUCACCCCAUGGACUGGUGCUAAUUUUUCACGCUAGAUUUUCUGCGAAGAGCUGCAUGGCCAUGUCUAUUUUUCAGAGUAUCCUCCAACGCCAGUUGCUGAAUCCUCAACCCUCUGUUUCUGUUGUACACGUUGUGGCAGAGCCGGAGCUUGCGAACAUGUUUAAAAUUUCAUGGUUUCCGACUAUCAUUUACAUGCCCGCUUUGGCCCCGGACGAGCUUGCCCGUUCAUUGUGCGAAGAAACACCUUCUACUCCAGAAUGCACUUCUGCUGAGCCGGCAACUGGUUUCCUUGUUCGCUGUGAUAAUGGUCUUAGUACCGGCGCGGUUCGCAUGUCCGCAUUAAGCAACUCAAAACCUUCAGUGUCAGAAGUUUUGUAUGGCCUCCCUCUGUGUUCAAGCAGUCUUUCCUCUUCUAUCAUGCAUGAAUCUUCUGUCAGUGAGGAGGAGCUAUCCUGCAUCAUUGGGAGGGGGCUUCAUCGCACUUACCCUGCAAAUGCAGCUAUAACCAUUCCUGCAAUAGUUGAAUGGAUUAACAGCAAAGGAGAGAUUUUCCCGCGAACGAAGGAUGAUGAGGAUUUUGUGAGUCGUAUUAAUGAUCUUCGCGAGGAUGAAAAGUUUCAGAAGUACCGUGAAAUGGUAUCAGCUGUGGUGAUGCUUCGUCAACUGCAAUGCAGGUCUAAUAAUAACUGUCGGGUGGCGGAGGGGGAGGCACCGGUGUUUAUUUUUAUGGGUGGUGGUAUGGCAGCAGGAAAGAGUACUGCGGCGACGGCGCUGUCGCGCAGUGCGUGGUGGGAAAAAAAUAAAGACAAUAUAGUUCUGGUAAACGCGGAUGACUUUAAGGUUGCCAUGGCUCCGUGGUCUCAAGGUGUAAAGGCCAUGCACGAAAGUAGUACGCGGGCGGCUGAGAAACUUUUGGUGAGGGCGAUCAAUCAAGGUCGCAACAUAGUCUUUGACAGCACCAUGAUGUGGCGUCCGUUCAUUCAGCAAGUCAUUGAUAUGGUUCGCCACGCACAUACGACGUUGUACCAGCAAGGAAUUGGGUACAAGGACAAUGGAGCCUUUGAAGAGUACUUCAAGCCGCUUGGGCCGCGAUCCGUGCCGCUCUCCAUGCCCUACGAAAUUCGCAUGCUUGCCAUCACUGUGGAGCCAGAGGUUGCAGUUCCACGCGGGAUUCUUCGUUUGUUUGCAACAGGAAGGGGAGUGCCAAUCCCAAUGCAACUACGCUCUUUCCGUCUCUUUUCGGAGAGCUUCGGGACAUACAUGGAGUGGGUCGAUAAAGUCACUCUUUUCAACAACAAUGUCUACGUGGAACUUAAGAAGGGCGAGUUGCCUCCCAUUCUUGCGGAGAAGACGGAGGAGGGGCUGUUUAUCCACGACGAGGAGGCCUAUGCGCUUUUUCUGCGCCAUCGGCUUCUGAAUGACGACGCAGAUAACAUCUUGGAACUCUACCCUGAUAACAAUAUCUAG